AAUACCCACACCCACUUCUUUGCUGAGAAUACUGUCAUUCAGGUUGCUCUGUUGGCCAUCUCCGCCACUCUGGCCGCCUACUGCUGCAAGGUGGUCAACUGCUGCGCGCCGGCUCCCAAAAUGCCGGUGAUCACUGUACAUGCCCCCCCUGUCCAACCAUGA